UCAAGUGCUCAGAAGGCGUGUGUGUGCCAAACAGGGCAUCAGAGCAGGCCAUAGAGGGAGUCAAAGACAUUCAAAUAUAAAAAAAAAAAAAAUGUUCCCAAACGAAGUCAGGAGAAUAGACAUGGGUGACACUUUACUUUAAGUCCCCAUUGAGCAUUCAUCAGCAGUAAACACCUAACCAGAGUGGCAACACAAUGCAAAGAGUCUCUGUCUGACUGUCUGUGUUUCUGACCUUUGAUUUUCUCCAAAACUCUAAAUCCUAUCGACUUCGACUAUUGUCGAGUGCAAGCUCUUGAGAUCCCCAAGAAAUAUUUCAGCCCUGUUGCCAGAAUAAAUGUGGCAUUGUGUUUUUGCAGAUAUGUUAUAUUUGUAUGAUAUCAUGACACAGACAGACUGCGGUUAACAUGUGGUCAGGUUUAGGCACAAAAAAACAUGGUUAUGUUUAGUAAAAGAACAUGUUUUGGCCUAAAAUACCCGCCCUUGGUGGGACAGCUGCCUCUGGAAGUGCACUAAUGUCUCCGUAAAAAACAACCAGUUUUGUUGUUUGUUGGUCUCAAGCAGUGGUCUCCAGCUUGACAGGAGUCUCAUCUGGGUGAGCACCUCCAAAUCUGAGGCCAUGGUUCUCUGACAGAAACCAGUGGAUUGGCCCCUCUGGGUUGAGGGAGUUACUGCCUCAAGAUCAGGGUCUUGUUCACAAGUGAUGGUAGAAUGGAGCGUGAGAUGGAUCAGCAGUUUGGCAUGGCAUCUGCAGUGAUGCGGGUGCUGUGCUAAACCAUUGUGGUGAAGAGGGAGCUGAGCUGGAAGGUGAAACUGUUGAUUCACUGGUCCAUCUACGUCCCAACCCUCACCUAUGGUCAUGAGUUCUGGGUAGUGACCGAAAGAAGAAGAUUGCUGAUACAAGUGGCCAAAAUGAGUUUCCUCCAUGGGGUGGCUGGGCUCAGCCUUAGAGAUAGGGUGAGGGAGCUCGGAGUAGAGCCGCUGCUCCUUCGUGUCAUAGGGGGUCAGAUGAGGUGGUUCAACAUCUGAUCAGGAUGCCUCCUGGGCGCCUCGGGUUAGAGGUGUUUCAGACACAUCCAACUGGAAAGAGGCCCCGGGGCAGACCCAGAACACACUGGAGGGAUUACAUAUCUUGUCUGGCCUCGGAAUGCUGGGGUCUAUCUGGAGGAGCUGGAAAGUGUUGCUGAGGAGAGGGACGUUUGGGGUGCUUUGCCCCCUGUGACUCUGGGUAAGCAGAUGAAAAUGGAUAAUAACAUAAAAUAUGUCUGAGAAGUUAGGGCAGCACGGUGGUGUGGUGGUUAGCACUGUCACCUCACAGCAAGAGGGUUGCCGGUUUGAUCCCGGGUGUGGGAGCCCUUCUGUGUGGAGUUUGCAUGUUCUCCCCAUGUCAGCGUGGGUUCUCUCCGGGUACUCCGGCUUCCUCCCACAGUCCAAAAUCAUGCAGACUGGGGACUAGGUUAAUUGAUAUCUCUAAAUUGUCUGUAGGUGUGAAUGUGAGCGUGAAUGGUUGUUUGUCUCUAUGUGUCAGCCCUGUGAUAGUCUGGCGACCUGUCCAGGGUGUACCCUGCCUCUCGCCCGAUGUCAGCUGGGAUAGGCUCCAGCCCCCCCACGACCCUCAAGAGGAUGAAGCGGUUAGAAGAUGAAUGAAUGAAUGUCUGAGAAGUUAUAAAUGUCCAUCAGGGGCACAGCACCAAAUUCUGGGCCCUAUGGAUAAGCAGUCUUUGUAGCCCCCCACCCUUCCUCUCCUGAUUCAUGUCUAUUUCUCGCAACUUUUAUGUAUUUAUUAAUUCAUUUUGGUUUUGUUUUACAAAGUCUGUUAGCUUUCUUUCCAUUUCCUGUCUUUCUUUCUGGAACCCCGAUUUCCCUCUCUUGGGGAAAGACAUGACAGUGUAUGUUGGUGCUCCAGCAGCAUAAGCAGUCACGCACUCAACUCUAGCUGCAUAGAGAAUCAGAUCCUAGCAGUUUAAUUUAGUUGUAGCACCCAUUUAGAAAUAAAAAUUGCAAACAAAACCAACUUUUCAUUCCAGGCUGCUUGAGGACACCCUCCUAUUGGAGCCUUGGGUAAUGAGUCCCACUUUCCCCCACUAUUAUGCCCCUGAUGUCCAUAUAUCUGCUAACAGCUGCAUUAUAGUGUGGUAAACCAUUUAUUAAAUGUUUAUAUAGCACCAUAAGACUUAGAGUAAAGCGUGUAAUGCUGCAGCAGUCACUCUUUCUCCCUGUGAUAACAGUCAUAUAUCUGCAAACUGCAUUUGUUCAUUAACAACCAAUGUAAACCAAAAAGAAAACCAAUGGAUAAGUACAAACAAUUGCAUGAAUAAAGUUUUUUUUUAAAGGGGUAAAUGUUUAAUAAUGAUGGAGAAAAGGGAGAUUAAAAGGAAUGAAGUCAGCAUUCACUUUUUGUUUGUUUGAUGGAGGAAUUGGUCCAACUGUCAAUAAUCUUGUCUUUUCUCUCUGUGACUCAGACGCUGCCGUCUCCGGCCAGACUCUCUCCAUCCAGGUGUGCCUUUGUUUCAUUUCCUCUCCCCAAAGCUCCUCUCAUCUCUUCAUCUCUGAAUAUCCACACAGCCAAAUACUGAUUAUGUUCUUGUAAGGAACUGAAAAUGUGUUUUAUCUUGAGAAGAAUCUUUAAUGACUUUCUGGUGGCCCACUUGGCUGAGUUUGAAGAGCACUACCCACUACAGUUAGUGCUCUACUGCUCCUUAACAAAAACUCAAAAUUCAGAUAAUGCAGCAUUGUAAGAGAACAACUGAGACAGGAAUGACACUGACGUCAGGCCUGUGAAAGCAUGCUCAACAUGACAUCAGCUCGUGCCUCUAAAUCUUCCAUCACAAACACGUGAGUCAUCGGGUGCGUUACCUGCCACGGCUAACGAGAUUCCCCUCAUUAAGUCCUUUAAGUGGUAAUCUGUAUAGGAGAAUUCGGGGGAGUUGAAGAGUGGAGCGAGUCAGGAGGAGUGCGGCAGAAGAAGCAGAACCUGCACCAGGAAACAGUAAUUUACUCCUGCGAGGGUCAAGGAGCAGGAGCAACAUUUUGUGGAGAGACUUCUGUUGUUUCUUCUUGUCGUCUCUGAUUUGUUCUGAAGCUCAGAGGGAUUGUCUGGUCGCGGCGGAGGCCAUCUGGCUGGAGCUUUAUCAGGAUUUUAUGCUGUGAGCCCUUGGCCAACUGUGACCACCUGCAUGGGUCUCACCAAGAGUUAUUGCUGCCACAGGACGUGAGUGUGCGUGUGUCCGGAGUUCAUUCUGUCAGACCAGCACAACAUGAGUGAAGGAGAAAAUCUUUACAUAGUCACCCACCGUCUGUCGAAGAAAUAGUGGUGUGGUCGUUCCUUCCCGUUCUGAGAGCUGCAGUGCAUCAUGGACACUGUGGCGAGAGUUAAAAAGUCGCUAAGGACGCCCAUCAGGAAGCUGACCAAGUGUGUGUCGAGGGUGAAGGAGAGGAAGUUGUAUCCCAGACGCAGGAUCAGAAGGAGGAGGAGCAGAGGCGGGGCAGGAAGAGGGGGAUGCAACAGGUUGGGGAGGACCCCUCAGACCCCUCUCCAAACAUCACACCCCAAAGACCCGCCAAUCAUCUUCUCGUACCAGGCAGACCUGGAGAAGGAGAGAAAGCUGCGGGAGGCGAUGAACGCUCAGAAGAAUGCGGAGAGGGCGGCUAUGAGAGCUCACUUCAGGAAAAAAUAUCAGCUUUCUGAGAGUCCCAAGGACACAAACCACCUGAGGUCUGUAGGAGGGAGAGUGUCGCUCCCCCACGAGCUGUCGAAGAUCAUUCAUCCUGAAACCAAAACCAAGGACGGUGGCUUCAACCUGCUGAGUGCCUUCCAAGGCCUCAGCUUCGGCACAACGACGCUCCCAGGGAGGAAACACAGCAAGACGUCCGUUCCUCCUACACCAGCAACUUGUAAAGUCAUGUGAUCAGUAAUGUGAUCACAGAGCUGAUCUUACACUGCCUUCUGAUUAUUGUAGUACAGGGAAACAGCAGGUGACCCUCGUACAUGAUUGCUGCUCAUACAUAAACUUCACCAUUGUACAUCAAUAUACAAACUCACUCCAAUCAUCUCUAUUACACAAACAUGUCAUUCAGACUUUGCUUUUGUACGUCUUUUUUUGUCUUUUACGUAGCAAUAAUAAUAAUAUGCCAGAUAAUUUUUUAUCUCACUUAAAUUGAACUAGAUAUUUAUUAAAGUGGGGUGAGAGACGUGAUCUACGUGAAACUCCAGUCAGUGAAUUGGUGUUUUAUUUCAACUGAUGACACAAUAACGAUAUAUAUUAUUAGAAUAAUGACUCAAUACCGUGUUUUAUUAGGAAACUAUAUCAGUUAAAACAUGUACACUUUUGUUAAUGACAUCCACAAUGAGGCUGUCACAUUUUUUGUAAAACAGUUUCAUCCCAUUUAGAGCCUCAUUUUGUGAUUAUAAUAAAUACUUAUUUAUAUUAUGUAUUAUUUAAUGUAGGCACUACUUUAGUUAGUUUCUUCUUAUUGUCACGUCUCUCUAAAUUAUAUAGAUCCACAUGAGUGAUCUAUACACAAGUAAGGGACCUCAGGGCAACACGUUCACAUUUCAUCACACAUUCACACAAAUAAUCACAUUUAAUAUAAUCAUUUUAUAUGUAACCAUGAAAACUGUUUUACUUUGUUAAUAAUCUUUGAUCUGUAUCACAUGUACUGUAUAUAAACUGUACUGUAAUGAGCCAUGUUUUAAGCUACAGAGUGCUCCAGGGAUAAUGUUUUUCUGUAGGUCGACAUGAAAGUUAGCGUCGUCCUGGUUCUCCCAUCAAAAAACCAAUGGGAUUAUUCCAUUGGAUUUUGGAUUAUUUCAGAGAAUCAGAUAUGUGGGAAACAAAAGUGAAAAAAUGAUACUUACACAUUUUGUUCAGCAAGAUAAUCUCCUCACAAAUGAACACCACUUUUAUGACUUUUUUAAAGCCUAAAUGCAAUCAUCAAAAGUAAAGCUAAUGCUAGGCUAUAAACAAACUACAACACAGUUGCACGUCGCUGUAGAGUAGCAUUUGUCAUGAUAACACUCUGUGGUCUCAUUUAGCUACUUGUUAGCAACUGUCUUUUUUUAAGAUACAUAAAAUCUUCUUUUUAUGUCGUAGAAGAAAAUGUGAGAGUCUCUUCAGCUUGUGUGAACCACAGACCUUAUUUCAGGCAUCUAACAAAAACCCAUUCAAAAAGCCCACUGACUUUUAGACAAGGGAACCAGCGGUGGUAAUUGCUAAGACUUAUUCCUGGAGCACUAUUUUAGGGUGCAUCCGGAAAUACUCACUCCAAGUGCCAGAGUGCUAUGGCACAAACCGGACUGUUCGUAAAUCUGGAGUGCAGUUAUAAUGUAGCAGCAAAGCACCAAGUGGAGUGAAUGUACCCUUUGUCAAUUCAUGUAGAAAUACAACACUAUUUCUUCGAAUAGCAGCGCUCCAGUGUCAGAUUGGGUUUAAAAGCACAUCCUAAGUUUCUUUUGUAGUUUUUAUGAGCUAAUACUGGUGUGUAAAUAGUGUCACGCUGCCUAAUCAAAGGAUUUUAUACAACAGGAAGCAGAGACCCAAAAGUCAACACAAAACCUUCUGGACUUCAAAGCAAAUUGAU